AAUACAUCGUCGAAGUACAAUCAUGAUACGUUAGCUGUCCAGUUGGUGCUGAAAACCAAUUACGUUCUACAAUUUGAUAUCGAUUUGAUUACAGAUGAGGACAUUAUGUUAAACCCAAAGGUAACCAUUUGUGCGCAUGUCCUUUCUUAUCACAGCGACAGUGUAUAGACGUGCUGAUUGUUAUUGGAGUAAACAUUGCCGAACUCAGAGGACCAAACCACUUCAUGCAAGGUAAGGCUCUAGCUAGCAAUAGUCAUGCUAAGUUAUGCUCUCAUUUCAGUGUCUGGUUGGAGGAAAAAGUGUUGAUAUUUAGCGUACUCUGUGUUCUUUUUGUUUUCAGUCGCUUCAAUCACAUUUGUGAACAGACAAGAUUUACAUAGCUGA